AAAUAUGUACACAUUAUCAAGUCACAUACUCGUUAAAAAAUCACUUUUGGUAAUAUGCAAGCGGGCUGUAGGCAGAUUGCAAUAAAAAAGAAUUCCUGAAAUCUCUUUGCUAGCGCACAUCAACUGAUAAAACCCGCGUUUGUGGAAUAUCUCAGUCAGUCUGGUCAUUGAGUCAUGAUAAGCGUUACUUCUACUUGACAGAAAUUGAUAUAUGCGGAGAAAACGUUACGCGCAUGAUUGCUUCCAGUUGGGUCACGUAGCAGGGCCACAGCACGACACGCGAGAUAAACAACAACAUGAAUGGAACUAACAAGACUUCUCCCGAUAACCAAGCUAACAGCGUAGGGGUAUUCCUAGUGUCCUUAGCAAUCAAUGGAGGGUUUGCUCUGAUUCUUUUUACGCUAUUCAGCUUCCUGAGGCUAAGGAUAAAGCGACUUUAUUCGCCGAGACUUCUGCUCAAUGAUACUCUAACUCCGCAAAAAUAUAACAAUUCCUUCUUUGGGUGGCUGCUUCUUUCAAAAGCCGCAGAUGAUGACACCAUCUUCGAGGAAGCAGGAAUCGACGCUCUCGUAUACAUGCGCUUUAUCAAACUUUGCAUUAAGAUUUCAAUUGUCCUUCUGCCGUAUGGCAUUGUUGUGUUGAUCCCACUAAAUGUCUACGGAGGACUAGAGAAGCCCUUGAGUGGUCUGGAUGUGCUGACGAUGUCUAACUUAGCGGAGAAGGCCUCCAAAGGUUGGGCUCACUUGAUUGCAGUGUGGGGCUACACGCUCAUCAUAUGCUAUCUACUGUACCAGGAAUGGGGGGUGUACAUAAGCUACAGACAGAAACACCUCGCCGUCGGCCUACCUAAUCAGUACGCAGUGUUCGUCAGAGAGCUGUCCCCAAAGCUGCUGGACAAGUCGAUACUCAGUAAAUACAUGGAAGCCCUUUUUCCAGGACAGGUUUCGGAAGCCAUUAUUGUACAAAAUCUUAAAAAGUGGGUCGCUCUGAUAGGCAAGCAUGACGCCGCAGUGCUGAGCCUCGAGAAGGCCAGGCAUCAACUUCUGACGAAGGGGGACCGGCCAAAACACAGGCCCAAAUGCUGCGGAGAGAAGACGGAUUCCAUCACGUUUCACGAAAAUAACCUAAAGGUGAUGCAGGGUCGGUUAGAGGACGAGUUGCGUUGCGACCAUCCCAGCAUCCCUUGCGCGUUUAUUGUGUUCAAGUCCCUGCAGUCAGCGAGUGUGGCGGCGCAAGUUCUGUGGGACGAGGACGGUAUGCUAAUGAACGUACAGCCGGCACCAGACAAGGAUGACGUCAUAUGGGGGAACCUCACCGUCGUCCUUGCUUCAAGACUGGCCCGUAGUAUCGUAUCGUGGGGCAUCAUAUUUGCUUUGAUGUUUUUUUGGGCAAUCCCCACUGGCUUUGUGUCAUCGCUUAUCGAACUCGACAACUUGGAGAAAUACAUCCCAUCGAUCACCUCCUUCAUAGGCAACUAUCCGUUCUUGAACUCGCUUAUUAAAGGAUAUCUAUCCAGCGUGGUGUUGACUCUGUUCUUCUUGAUUCUGCCCUGGAUAAUGCAUCUCAUCACACGAAGAGAAGGGCUCGCGUCGCGGACGGAAGAGGACAAAUCCGUCCUUGGUCGACUGUUCCUAUUCAAGAUAAUCAACCAAUUCCUGUUCGUCGCACUCGCCAGUUCAGCUCUUAGCAAACUAGAAGAAAUGAUAGAGAGCCCGAAGAAAAUCCCAGAAUUCCUCGCACGCACUUUGCCAAGCCAAUCUACUUUCUUCAUAAUGUUCAUCGUGCUCAACUCGCUGACCGGUUUCUCGUUUGAAAUCAUCCGCGUAUUCGAUCUGCUGGUGCUGUGUGUCACGAAAUGCAUCUCGCGAACCCCGAGGGAGAAGAGGACCUCAUGGGAGCCGCCCAGGGCUAACUAUGAUGUAGAGUUGUCCGAGCACAUGUUGACGAUCAUGAUUGGUUUGACGUAUUGCGUGCUGGCACCUCUCAUCGUCCUGUUUGUCUUGCUCUACUUCAUUCUUGGGUACAUCGUGUGGAUCCACCAAGUCCUGUGUGUCUACACGGCAACGUAUAACUCAGGCGGGCAGCUCUGGCCGGUCAUAUUUGAGAGGAUGGUUGCUAGCCUUGUUAUCUUCCAUAUCCUGAUGGUCGGAUUCUUUGGCCUCAAGAAAUUCGUCAUCGUCCCUUUGCUGGUACUUCCGCUUCCGGUUAUCACAAUCCUGUUUUACCUGUUCAUGGUGAAGUACUUUUACCGUGCCUCGGCGCAUCUGUCGCAGGAGAUGGCGAGUCGUGUAUCCCCUGAUGCUAAUGCGAUACAGCUGGCAUGCGAAGUCUAUAGACGCAAGAAUAAGGUCCCGUCUUUGUUCGCAUUGAGCACAGACCCGCCUGAAAUGGAAGGCGAAAGUGAGGGGAACGACAGUACUCUCCGGGAAAAUCAAGAACUGUAGACGGAUGAUGACAUGUAGAUUGACAGUUCGAAUCCGCAAGCUAUAUCUCAGGAAUAAUGAGGAGUAAUUUAAGGGGAAUAAUUUGAUGCUUAGGAGCUAGGUUUUAUAUUUUCCCAUUACUUCGGCUAUUUUUCGUAUAACGUUUUGUAAUUUAGAGCGUUAUAUGCUGUGACCUUUCGUCACAGUAAACACAUAACAGUAACGGUUAAGGAUAACAAGAAUCGUUAUUAUUUAACAAAUAUGAACUUGUGUCUUUAUAAAUUGAUAAAUUAAGAGAAUAAACAUAUUUUUGUGUA